CGAAGAGUCAGUACACUUGAUCUUAUUUCGCUUCUCCUAGCACAUGUUAGCAAAGCGCCUUCACAUUUUCAAUAGGAAGCUUCAGGAAAGCGACUCAUAGACAGGUCACUGGCUGUGCCAUCCGUUCUUGAAGUAACAGUAAGAGUGGACUGCGCAUCUUCUGUUUCUUGUAUUGGGGACAUUACCCCGUCGUUAGUCGGCGCGUAGCGACAUCACUAAUCAGUGCUUCCAUCGGGUUCGCACUGGCGUCGUCUAUUGUUAAAGCAUCAAAGGCCUGCUCGGCGAGAUAAUAAUCGCUUGGGGGCGAUGCACGGGCUAAGCCUUCUUCGCACAAGCAGUGCAGUGUCACCAUACUUGGUUCCGGGCCUACCCGCAUGUGCCCAGUUAGUUGAGCGCACGGCAGCAGCAGCAGCCCAGCAGCCCAAUGCCGCUGUACGACAGCACAGUUCAUCAGCAACCCCCACCCAUGCCGCCGAAGCUGCUGCUGCUGCUACGACCCCUGCAACAGCAUCAUACUCGUCAUCAACAGCAGCAGCAGCGGUAGGCACGACCAGUGGCCGUUGUGCUAGCGGCAGCAACACCAGCAGUAGCAGCAGCAGCAGUGGUGGUGGUAAGAACCACGGCAAUGGCAGGAGGGGCAGGCAUUGGAGGUGGAACGGCUGGCGGGCGGGAGCAGCGGGCGAGGGCUCCUCUGCUGCAUCUGAAUCAGCAGCGGCAGCGGCGGCCGCAGCACUAGGUUGGGCAGCAUGGGGCACCGUUAUCGGUUCAGCUCUCGCAGAUGCGGGUCCCAGUCAGUCUCUGCGAGACGCGCUGGCCGCCGCGCAGCAGUCCCUGGCGGGCAGCUGGGGGGAGGUGGAGGAGGAGAUGGCACGCAUCAAUGCGACCCUGCCCGCACGCACACCCUCGCUGCAGGGUGAGGCCCCCCGUGUGAGCAUCGUGCACGACGCGGUGGAGGUGGUGGUGCCGGUGCGGGAGGGGGCGGACACGGAGGCGGUGCUGAGGGAACUACGCAAGUUCGGGGGCCGAGGAAUGUCAACCUACAGCGAGUACAUGAGCGGCGUGUCGCGCACUGUGCAGCUGGAGGUGCGGCCCGACCCCGCCCGCCCCGAAACCGCAGUGCGCAUGCAGGUGUUCAUCCCGCCGCCGGGGGGCAGCGAGCAG